UUCAUUAAGAGAAGCAGUAAACUUGUUUUAUCUUCUAUGUUCGGUGCCGAAUUCAGGCCGGACCUUCCCAGCACAACGUAGCAAACAGGGUGUCCUCCCGAAGAUCUUCUCUAGUCCGCUCGUCGCAGCAAUUCCGGGUGGAGAGCCCCCUGAACCCCUCAUUCACAAAGUUCCUCCACUUAUUCAAAGUCUUCGAGUGUCUAUAUAGACAAUGCUGGCUCUUUCUCACCUCUGAACCCCACGGUCAGACAGCAUGCACUCAACCACCGUGAUCCCGCCCGAGCUCCUCGGCGAAGACUACAAGCCUCACAUCACCCGACGGAAUCUUGCCUAUGUUUUUCUGGGCUCGUUCGGCAGUUUCAUGUUUGGCUACGCCAACAAUGUCACCACCGGAUCUCUUGCGCAGACCAGUUUUAUAAACAAGUUCUUAGGUGGUGGUAACUCUGCUGAGGUCAUCUCUGGCAUUCUAGGAGGAUUUCUAGGCGGCGCGUUCCUCGGCUCCGUCAUCCAGGCCCGCAUCUCUGCAAAGUUUGGUCGCAGGAUAACCACCGCCAUUGCCGCUAUGCUGCUAAUUAUUGCUGGUGCACUCAUGGCCGGCAGUGAACACAUUGCCAUGUUUAUCACUUUCCGUAUCAUCUCUGGCAUAGGAGCUGGGAUUCUCACCACGAACUGCCCAGUUUAUCUUAGCGAGAUUGCACCAUUUCACUUGCGUGGUCUUCUUACGGGCGUGCACGGUGUAUCAAUCAAUGUGGCAUAUACAAUGUCCAGCCUAAUUGCUCUCGGACUCAGCUUUCUAGAUCAGGCCUUUCAGUGGCGCAUCCAGUUUUGCAUCUUUGUAUUUUUCUCGAUCGUGCUUCUCGGGUCGGUCUUCUUUCUUCCCGAGUCUCCACGAUGGCUGAUCGAGCAAUCAAGAUAUGAUGAGGCUCUUGAUAUCUUGAGAAAACUGCAUGUGUCUGCAGGUAUCGGCGAAGUAGUUGCUCUCGCAGAAAUGGCCCAGAUCAAAGCCCAAGUCGACGCCGAGAGGAGUCAACCCUCCAGCUACUGGCACAUCUUCACCACCAAAUCUCUUCGCAAGCGCGCGAUCGUCUCCAUUGUGACGUUUAUUCUCUGCAUUGGUUCCGGUAUUCUCGUGAUUGCAAAUCUCACGCCGAUUCUGUUUGGAGGUCUUGGAUUUGACCAGACCGUCCAGCUCGGGUUGUCAGCAGUCUGGGUGUUUCAGUCGGGAUGUGGAUCUUUGAUUAACGCCUUUUUAGUCGACCGCGUUGGUCGACGGCCUUUGUUUCUCACUGGCGGAUGCUUGGUAGCGGUGAUGUUGAUCAUCGAAGCUGUCUUGCAGAAAUACUAUUUAGGCACGACAUACGCCCCUGGCCUCAACGCCGCAACAGCUUUCUUCUUUUUGUAUGAUUUAGUCUGGGCUUCAUGCGUUGACAACACUUCGAUCAUUUAUAUCCCCGAAAUCUGGCCUACACACUUGCGGUCUUACGGCGCCUCAAUUGCGUACUGCUCGUACUAUGCUGUGUCUAUUGCAAUCACAUCGCCUGCCUCUCUUGCGUUUGACCAGAUCGGAUAUCGAUACUACUUUGUGUUUUUGGUCAUUGACAUCUUAGCGCUAAUUUACGUCUACUUUGAAUUCCCUGAGGUGAGUUUCUUCUCAUAUCUUAUACUAAUAUUACGUGCAGUUUUGAUCUGACACUGUGACACCUUUUAGACACGAGGCUUGACGUUAGAAGAAAUCGGUGAAGCCUUUGGUGACCCAGUCGAGCUAAGGUUCAAGGAUGCAGUGGAAGGUCUUGCAGCAAGCGAGAAGCCGGAGAUUGAGCAACUUGAAGCCGUCAAGCAGGUGUAGCCUCCCUCUCUGACCACCAAACGCCGACUUUAUCAUAUAUUUUGUGUAAUCACCAGAAACAUGUCUUCCAGCAUGUUCUGCUUGUUAGCUAGUAUAUCGAUCAGUGUAUUUUUUUAAAGUUUAUAAAAUAUUUGUCG